AUGAGGGGGUGUGAGGGGCACCCACGAGGGCGGUGCGAGGGGCACUCACGAGGGGGUGCAAGGGGCACUCACGAGGGGGUGCGAGGGGCACCCACGAGGGGGGUGCGAGGGGCACUCACGAGGGGGGUGCGAGGGGAACUCACGAGGGGGUGCAAGGGGCACCCACGAGGGGGUGCAAGGGGCACUCACGAGGGGGUGCAAGGGGCACCCACGAGGGGGUGCAAGGGGCACCCACGAGGGGGUGCGAGGGGCACUCACGAGGGGGUGCAAGAGGCACUCACGAGGGGGUGCGAGGGGCACCCACGAGGGGGUGCAAGGGGCACUCACGAGGGGGUGCAAGGGGCACUCACGAGGGGGUGCGAGGGGCACCCACGAGGGGGUGCAAGAGGCACUCACGAGGGGGUGGAAGGGGCACUCACGAGGGGGUGCGAGGGGCACCCACGAGGGGGUGCGAGGGGCACUCACGAGGGGGUGCAAGGGGCACUCACGAGGGGGUGCGAGGGGCACCCACGAGGGGGUGCGAGGGGCACUCACGAGGGGGUGCGAGGGGCACUCACGAGGGGGUGCGAGGGGCACUCACGAGGGGGUGCAAGAGGCACUCACGAGGGGGUGCGAGGGGCACCCACGAGGGGGUGCGAGGGGCACUCACGAGGGGGUGCAAGGGGCACUCACGAGGGGGUGCGAGGGGCACCCAUGAGGGGGAGCGAGGGGCACUCACGAGGGGGUGCAAGAGGCACUCACGAGGGGGGCGCGCAAGCAGGAGCGUGCGACGGGUAG